UAAACCAAAUUGCUCUUGCAUCGACAUUAGUGAGAUCAGCUGGCGGUAAUAAAUGUGCAUGUUUAGCCCAUUGCCUAACUCCCCUCCCCGCAUAUAACAUUUCUCUCCUUCUCCAUUAAAUGAGCUUGUCUCUAUAAAAAAUGGUAUCUGCCUAUAUAGUACUAGUACAUGUGAACAGUGUACCUACUAGCUAGCUAGUAGUACUAGCCAUGCAUGCUGCCAGCUGCUGCUGCAUGUUAGACUAGCCAUAGUGGGUAGUAACUUAGCAGUAACAUAGAUUCCAACUCAGCAGAUUUGCAUACGUGGCAAUGAUUUAAUGAGGAGAGAGAGUAUAGCAGUAACAUAGCUGGUUACCGUAACUUCGCGCUUGGUCCCACAAUUUUUUAAUGCAAAUCGAUCCACUGCGGCGUCCCCAUCGCGAAGGAAAAUUCCCCACCGCUCCAUCCUCUUCCUCCCUGCCGCCUCCAUCCUCUCCCUCCCUGCCGCCUCCAUCUCCCUCGCCCCGCUCUCCGUCUUGCCGCACGGCGGCAGCACUGGCCAGCGACGCGAGUCCACCUGAAUCAUGGCCAAGUCUGGUGCCCGUAAGGAGGCGGCACCAGUCCGGUCAUCGGCGACCUCUCCGUCGCAGCAGCACAUCCCCGGCACCCCGGCAAGCUCGUGCGCCAACCGCUGGCCACAGCAACUCUUCUACCCCGGCGCUCCGACGAGCUCGUCCGCCAGCCCCUCCACACCACCGUACAUGUACGUCCCUCUCAUGGAAUCCUCUACUGCAAACCCUACAUGGUAUAAAUUUCUGCUUUUAAUUCAAUCUUCGCCAAUUGCAAUUCCUUUAGCUCGAAUACCUGAUUCAGCGUGUGUAGAUCUUCAGGGAAUUUCUGUACUGCCAAGUCUUUACUCACAUCUAAGUCUGAAUUUCUAAGUCUGAUUUAGCGUGUGUAGGUGUGGCCUGAAUUACCAAAACCGUGACCUUCAGUUGACAUCCUUUUGCUUUUGCUUUCUUCAUUGAACAAGUGAUAUCACAUCGAGACACUAGUUAGGACAUGCUUUUUGAACAAAGGAUUGAUUAUGCUUCAUAUAUAGCAGAAACAGUAGGAUUAUCCUACUGCAGUUUUAUUAAGAUAAGUAUUUACAAGUUAGACUUUGGUAGAAAGAGGAAUAAGUUAUGUACCUGACCAAAUACAAUCAUUUCGAACAGUCCAAAUACUCCAGGUCACCAAAAUAGAUGUGUUCUGUGUUAAGUCUAUCUCUUACAGUAGCCUAAAAAAUAUCUUGUUUAAGUCUGUUUCUGACCAAAUCCAAUUGCAUACCUCAUGAAUUUGUUUAGUGCGCUUGAUAAUUUAAUAUUUACAAUACUUCUGUUAGAGAGAUGAGGUGUUGUACAAAAUUUCAUUGCUACUGUACUAUGCUCAUGACUUCUGAUAUUUGUAACAGGAGGCCAAUGUACACCCCUGCACCUGAAGACUUGCUAAGUUUUGGACAAUUCCCUCCAAUGCAUAAUUAUAAUUUUCAACCUCCGCAAGUGCAGCAUCCUGUACAAGGGCACCCAAAUAUGGAUACCAAUCAACCGGCUGAUGGUUCCGAUGAUGAAGCUGAAGCAAGUAUCAUUGAUCCUUCCUCCCUCUACACACUAGAUCACUACCUUGUCUAGAUGGACAUGUUAGACUCAUUCGCCAAGGAGAUCGCAAUGGAAGUGAAGGAAAGCCUUGACACUCAAGGAAGAUCAAGCAGAAGUGGUCCGAGGAUUUACGUGAACAGGCCAUGUGAAGAAGCUGCUGAGCAAUUGGUACGCGACUAUUUCUGUGAUGAUCCUACCUACAAGAAGAAGGUAUUUCGUAGAAGAUUUCAGAUGAGAAGGCCCCUUUUCGAGCGUAUCGUACAUGCACUAGGAAAGUGGUCUCCAGAGUUCACGCAAAGGAAAGAUGCUCUUGACCGUGAUGGACUAUCUCCAUUGCAGAAAUGCACAUCAGCUAUUCACCAAUUGGCAUAUGGUACUCCCGCUGACGCUCUCGAUGAGUACCUGAAGAUUGCCGAGUGCUUAAAGCUGUUCGUCAAAGGCGUGAUUCAUAUAUUUGGUGAUGAGUAUAUGCGAAAACCCAAUGUCAACGAUGUGCAGCGCUUACUUGAUAUUGGAGAGAGUCGUGGGUUUCCUGGCAUGUUAGGAAGCCUCGACUGUAUGCACUGGCAUUGGGACAAAUGUCCCAUGGAGUGGAAGGGACAAUUCACCAGUGGGUAUAAAGGCGUCCCUACUCUUAUUCUAGAGGCGGUUGCUUCUCAAGAUCUUUGGAUAUGGCAUGCAUUUUUUGGUGUUGCUGGAUCCAACAAUGACAUCAACGUGCUUAAUCAAUCGACGUUGUUCCUUGAGCAACUGAAAGGGCAAGCUCCUCGAGUGAACUAUAAUGUCAACGAGAAGGAAUAUCAACUUGGUUAUUACCUUGUAGAUGGAAUAUACCCAGAGUGGGCAGCAUUCGUGAAGUCGAUACCGAUGGCUCAAACGGAAAAACAAAGGCUGUUUGCUAAACAUCAAGAAGGUGCAAGGAAGGAUGUGGAACGUGCAUUUGGUGUGCUCCAGACGCGAUGGUCUAUUUUACAGCGCCCGGCACGUUUAUAUGACCGGGGCGAUCUCCAUCAUAUUAUGUUAGCCUGCAUCAUUCUACACAACAUGAUAGUUGAGGAUGAAAAAGAAGAGGCGGGGAAUAUGCUUGAUUUGAAUGAGGAAGCAGGCUCAUCAAUUGUUUUCCCAUCAGUAUUUACUCAUGGUGACAUGCCAAUAUUUGUCGAGGUACUUCAAAGAGAUGCUAGAAUUCGUAAUCGUCCGAUGCAUAAGGCUCUAAAAAAUGAUUUGAUUGAGCAUAUAUGAAGAAAGUUUGGGCGGCGAUAGAUUAUAUUCGAGACUUGAUCCAUGUUGGCACUUAUUAUUGAGUAACAUAGAGCAUAAGGCUCUAAACAUGUUUUAUAUAUUUUAAUUAUAUUAUAUUGGCACUUAUUAUUUAUUAUGGGUCCGUUCGAAUUUGUGUUCUUGUAUUUAUAUAUGGGUACUGGCAAACA